CCUUUCUUCCCACGCCGCGGGCCCUGCGGCCUUUUCGCGAAAGUGCGUCUGCGGAUGAGCAGGUGCGCUCGGGACGCGGCGGAGGCGCGCUGGGGCUCCCGGCGACGACGCGGAGAACGGACGCAGGCGGCGCCUGAGGCAGCUGCGGAGCCCAUGCCCCGGGACGGCGGGCGGGCCCGGAGAAACGAGUCCGGGGCCCGGGGCAUGUCCCCGGGGCCCCCGUGAGCAGGCGGCGGCGGCGGCUAUGGAAAUCCCGCCGCAGGAGGCGCCGCCCGGGCCGGGCGCCGACGCCGAUGCCGACGCGGACGCCGACGCCGAGGAGGCCUCCGCCGAGGCCGGGUCCUCUAGUCCGGCCUCGCCCCCCGCCGACGGCCGCCUCAAGACAGCGGCCAAGCGCGUCACGUUCCCGUCGGACGAGGAUAUUGUGUCCGGAGCUGUGGAGCCCAAAGACCCCUGGAGACACGCCCAGAACGUGACCGUGGAUGAGGUGAUCAGCGCCUACAGACAGGCAUGCCAGAAACUGAACUGCCGGCAGAUCCCCAAGCUCCUCCGGCAGCUGCAGGAGUUCACGGACCUCGAGCACCGCAUUGACUGCCUGGACCUGAAAGGGGAGAAGCUGGACUACAAGGCCUGCGAGGCCCUGGAGGAGGUCUUCAAGCGGCUGCAGUUCAAGAUGGUGGACCUGGAGCAGACCAGCCUGGAUGAAGAUGGCGCCUCGGCCCUCUUCGACAUGAUCGAGUAUUAUGAGUCCGCCACACACCUCAACAUCUCCUUCAACAAGCACAUUGGCACCCGGGGCUGGCAGGCCGCCGCCCACAUGAUGCGCAAGACAAGCUGCCUGCAGUACCUGGACGCUCGCAGCACGCCCCUGCUGGACCACUCAGCGCCCUUCGUGGCGCGGGCCCUGCGCAUCCGCAGCAGCCUGGCGGUGCUGCACCUGGAAAACGCCAGCCUGUCGGGGCGGCCCCUCGUGCUGCUUGCCACAGCCCUGAAGAUGAACCUGAACUUGCGGGAGCUCUACCUGGCUGACAACAAGCUGAACGGCCUGCAGGACUCAGCCCACCUGGGCAACCUGCUCAAGUUCAACUGCUCCCUGCAGACCCUGGACCUGCGCAACAACCACGUGCUCGAUUCAGGUCUGGCCUACAUCUGCGAGGGUCUCAAGGAGCAGAGGAAAGGGCUGGCAACCCUGGUGCUGUGGAACAACCAGCUCACGCACACGGGCAUGGCCUUCCUGGGCAUGGCGCUGCCACACACACAGAGUCUGGAGACGCUGAACCUGGGCCACAACCCCAUCGGGAAUGAGGGCGUGCGCAACCUCAAGAACGGGCUCAUCGGCAACCGCAGCGUGGUGCGCCUGGGCCUGGCCUCCACCAAGCUCACCUGCGAGGGUGCGGUGGCGGUGGCCGAGUUCAUCGCUGAGUGCCCUCGCCUCCUGAGACUGGACCUGCGGGAGAACGAGAUCAAGACGGGCGGGCUCAUGGCACUGUCGUUGGCCCUCAAGGUGAACCACUCGCUGCUGCGCCUGGACCUCGACCGGGAGCCCAAGAAGGAGGCGGUCAAGAGCUUCAUCGAGACGCAGAAGGCCCUGCUCACUGAGAUCCAGAAUGGCUGCAAGCGCAACUUUGUGCUGGCGCGGGAGCGAGAGGAGAAGGAGCAGCAGCUGCAGCUGUCUGCAUCUAUGCCCGAGAUCACCAUCACCCAGCCCCAGCCCCUCGAGGAGUCCGGGGACCCCGCCGCCACCACCACAGGGGCACACAACGGGGCCACGAGCCCCAGGUCCCUACCCGACUCAGACUCGGACUCAGACUCAGAGGCGGAGGAGGAAGAGGAGGAUGGCGAGGAGGAGGAAGACGACAGGCAGAGGGAAGAGGCCCGCUGUGACCAGAGCCCUUCAGCCCCCUGCCCUGCCCUGGUUCCCCCCACGGACUCCCUGAGCCCCCAGGAGCCGAAGUCCCCAGGCAGCCCCUCCUCGCCCACGGAACAGCGGAUUUCCGUGUCCAGCCCGGGCCGCGGCCACAAAGUGUUUGUGGUGACCCGGGUAGAGAGUCCACCAGAGAGGGCAGAGCCCCCGGUGCCCCCCGCCUGUGCCUCCCUGCCUCCCCCCUCUCCUCCCUCCCCCCCUGUCCUGCCACCAGUGCAGCGCAUCGGCACACAGGACUCAGGGGUGCCCGAGCCCCAGCCGGAGGCGCCCCCGUCAGGACCGGCGCUGCCCAACGGCCUGAAGCCGGAGUUUGCCCUGGCGCUGCCCCCAGAGCCACCUCCGGGGUCAGAGGCCAAGGGGGGCAGCUGCGGCCUGGAGCACGGACGAGCGGGAGCUGGAGGAGCUGCUGCGGGACGCCAGCCAGGAGGCGGCACAGCACACACUGUGACACUUUAGGUGGGUGCAGCCCCCCGGGGGCGGGGCGGGCGCAGGAGCCCCUGCUCUGACGCCCCCUCUUCAUCUCUGUCCCCCAGUUCCUUUUUUUUUUUUUCCGGUCAGUCUUGGACAAGCCGAGGCCAGAGCCAUGAGAACCCGCCCCCCCCCCCCAGCCCCCCCCAGCCCCCCCACACCCCCGGGGGCCAGGGCAGGGCCCACACGAGCUGCGGGACUGGGCAGCUCCACGGACUCCGCCCUUGUGCUUAAAUGUGUCUGUGCUGACACGGACUCGGGGCUCUGGGGGGGGGACUAUGGGGGGGGCUCCAUGGACACAGGCCGCCCUGGUUCCAGAGCGCCCGCCGCACAAGGCCCGCCCUGCGCAGCGCAGCGGCAGCAGCGGCAGCUGGAAGCGGGCGGGCAGGGCCGCCGAGGGCCGGAGCUUUCCUUUUCUUACGUGCAAUAAAAUCUAUCAGGGAGCCGGGGCUGGCAGCCAUGGGGUUCUGAGGCUGCGCCCUGGAAGGCACUACAGUGGGGUUGGGGGGGCAGCGGGGUGCA